CUUUCUCCACCCUCCAUAUGCAUUUCCGAUAACCAUCACAAUCAGAAGGAUGCGUUUGAACUUGUUGAUCGAUUUAUCAGGGACGCUGCAUAUAGGUGAUCAAGCAUGUCCCGGUGCAAUUACGGCUCUGAACAGGUUAUUCUCUUCCAAGCCAGUCAAGGGCAAAUGUUCGGAUAUAAAAGUCCGAUUUUGCAGUAACACAACCAAAGAAUCUAAACAAGAUUUACAAAAACGGCUUGUUCGGAUUGGAUUCGAUGAAAAGAUUGUUACGACAGAUCGUAUCAUGACGAGCUUACAGGCUUGUACACAAUUGUGCUUGAAGCAGCAAUGGAAACCUCUCUUACUGCUCACGUCAUCGGCGCAAAACAGCUUUAGGGAUCGAUUGGCAAAGGACGACAAAGGAGAUCAGCAAUCUGAGGCAAAGAAUAGCAUACAACAUGCUUUCUUCCCACAUCCCGAUUCUCCACCUUCAAAGUUAUCAUCACAGGAAAAGGAUCAACUUAAAAAGUGUGAUAGCGUCAUCGUUGGUCUGGCACCAAAUCUAUUCAACGCAGAAUGGCUAGAUGAAGCAUUUCGAAUACUGUCAAAUGAAUACAGCCAAGGUCAAAAGCAUUUGGUUGCCACACAUAGAGCUUUAUACUUUCGUCCAGGAACGGAUGAUCCAUUAUCCAUGGGUCCUGGUGCAUAUAUUGCAGCUUUGGAAGCCGCAACAAGACGUUCUCCCGAUCAAACGAUCGUUUGUGGAAAGCCAAGCAAAACAUUCUUGCAAUUGUGUAUAGAUGAUAUACAUGAAGAACGUCAAGCAGAAGGACUUGGACAGGAUUCAGAAAAGACGAUCAUCGUUGGAGAUGAUAUUGAAGCGGAUUUAGGAGGUGACUCGAUCGAAUUAGGACUGGAUCGUGUUCUUGGUAAGUGGAAACAGAUGUUUAGACGGGGGUUUUGGGGGACUGAUUUAUUCUUUUUCACGCAUUCAAACAGUCCAAACUGGCAAAUAUCGUCAAGGUGAUGAAAAGCGUAGUGCUGAUAAUCCUGUCAAGGUGUUCGAGUCUUUUGCUGAUUUCGUUCAGAAGGAACUUUUCGAUGCUGGGAUAAUGCAAAAUUGACUGUCUCAGAUACAAUCCAGCUAAUCGUACUGAUGGUGUGCGACACAAAUUGUCGGGAGUACCUAGUCUAUAGUCGCAAUCGGGUUGACAGGAAGGUUCACAAAGCAACCUGCUUAUUAUGUCAUCUACUUCAAUUCAAAAGAUUGACAAGUGAACAUCCUUUGAUUACGCAAUCAUUCUGAAAGGUAAUGGGAAAAUUCCCAUGG